UGGUCUGCACACACGGCGUGCCUCUCCUAUGCUGUGCUGGAACAUGGCUGAGUAGGGAGCUGGGAGUUUUGUACGGUUGAAGAGAGUGGAAAGCAGUAGGAAGGGAAAAAAGGACGAUUCUAUGUCUGGCCGAACUGUCUUGCAAGGAAACAGCUGUUAAGUGGAAGACUGAUUAGCGCAAUACGAACUAGAAAUUUGGAAGAAUAGUUUGCGGGUCUUGCCAUUGGAGGAUUUGAAAGGUUGUGGGGAAAAAAGGAAGCUGCGUUUAGGAGCGAGUGAAAGCUGCACAGCCCGUCCCGCCCUCCCCCCGUCAGCAGGCUUACCGUGGAGGCAGGAGCAGAGUGCUUUCAGUUAUCGUACCCCCUGCAAGUGUCAGGCUUUUCCAAAGAGCAUGUUGCCAAUGCUGUCCCUCUGCUCCAUUAUUUGGUUAAACCGGGGAUUCAAACUGAGGAAAGUGCUUUACACUGCAAACACAGGCCAGCUCUGAAGCCUUUUCAACUCCUGUUCAACAGCUCAGCCAGCUAGGCAAGGCUUCACAAGUUUCACUCGGUAUAUCGGUUAUAAACAUUGAGAAUAUUCUCCCUGUCGCCGUCUGUCUCCACCGCCCUCUUCUCAACUCCCUCUUCUCGACGCCCUCUUCGUUGAGAGAAGCCGUUGUGGGUGUCAUUCUUUUCUGUCCCAGCGACGAAGAUCGUUUCCGUUACAUAAUCUGAAAAUGGCUGCAGAGGGCUUCCAGUAUCGUGCCCUGUACGCAUACAACAAGGACUUGGAGGACGACAUCGACCUGCUGCCUGGCGACAUCCUGACCGUCUGCAAGGCGUCGCUGCUGUCGCUGGGCUUCGGGGAGGGGGUGGAAGAGCACCCCGAACUCGUGGGCUGGAUAGUGGGAGUCAAUGAGCGCACCAAGCAGAGGGGGGACUUCCCAGGGACCUACGUGCAGUACGUGGGGCCUGUGAAGAUGCCUGCCACGCCCAACCAGCCACGGCUCCAAAGACCGCUUCCAGCUGCCCCGAGACCAGAGCCACCACCAGCAGAGCAAGAUACGUCCGUUCCGGAUUUGAGCAAGCAGUUUUCACCCUCAGAAAAUGCGCCACCUGUCCUGGUGAAUUUGGUGGAGGCCAUUGAGAAGAAAGGUCUGGACUGCGAGACACUGUACAGGACGUCUGGCGGUCUGAGACAGAGCCUGAAUCUCGAGCUGUCCGGAGCAGAGAUGGGGCAGUAUGACAUCCACACCCUCUCAGAGGCCCUGAUGCAGUACCUGCAGGAGCUGCCCUCUCCCGUCGUCCUGCCCUCUGUCUACCCAGAUCUGCAGGCGGCCGUCCUGCAGGGACCAGAAGCGGCGGGGGCGGAGGGCGGCGGGGGGCUGAUGAAGGUGCUGGAGGCCCCCAGCGUCCCGCUGCAGCACCUGCUCGCCCUGCAGUACCUGCUCAGGCACCUGGACCGCGUGUGCCAGAGCUCGGAGAAGAACGGGCUGGACGCCCGCUCCCUGGCCGCCACCUUCGGCCCGCUGCUGCUCCGGCUCCCCGCGACCGGGCUGGAGGCGGAUCCGGAUCUCCCUGCGCUGGUGUUGGAGAGACUGCUCAAGGAGAGGAGCUGGGAGCAGGAGCUAACCCCCCCAGCUCUUCCUCCCAAGCCCCCCAAAGCCAAAGCCCUGAGCAGCUCUGUCACCAACGGCAACAGCACAAUCCUCAACGAUUCCGAGUGGUACUGGGGUGACAUCUCAAGGGAGGAGGUGAACGAGAAGAUGAGAGACACGCCGGAUGGCACGUUCCUCGUCCGCGACGCGUCCAGCAAAGUGCAGGGAGAGCACACGCUGACCCUCAGGAAAGGCGGAAACAACAAGCUGAUCAAGAUCUUCCACCGUGGGGGGAAGUACGGCUUCUCGGAGCCCCUUACCUUUGCCUCUGUUGUGGAGCUAAUCAACCACUACCGCCAUGAGUCCCUGGCACAGUACAACGCCAAGCUAGAUACACGGCUGCUCUACCCCAUCUCCAAAUACCAACAGGACCAGGUGGUGAAGGAGGACAGCAUCGAGGCGGUGGGAGAACAGCUGAAGGUCUACCAUGAGCAGUACCAGGAGAAGAGCCGCGAGUAUGACGUCCUGUACGAGGAGUACACCCGCACAUCCCAGGACCUGCAGAUGAAGCGCACUGCCAUUGAGGCCUUCAACGAGACCAUCAAGAUCUUCGAAGAGCAGUGCGAGACACAGGAGCGCUACAGCAAGGAGUACAUUGAGAAGUUCAACCGGGAGGGCAAUGACAAGGAGAUCCAGAGGAUCAAAAGCAAUUCUGAGAAGCUGAAGUCACGGGUAACAGAAAUUCACGACAGCAAGAGGAAGCUGGAGCAGGACCUGAAGAAACAGGCGUCGGACAACCGCGAGAUUGACAAGAAAAUGAACAGCCUUAAACCCGACCUAAUGCAGCUGAGGAAGCUUCGAGACCAAUACCUGGUAUGGCUUACACAGAAGGGCACAAGGCAGAGGAAGAUCAACGAGUGGCUGGGCAUCAAGAACGACGUUGAAGACUUGUACUCCUUGAUGGACGAGGAGGAGGACACGGUGCACCACGACGAGCGCACCUGGUACGUGGGCGACAUCAAACGUGGCCAGGCCGAGGAGCUGCUUCGGGGAAAGUGCGACGGCACCUUCCUCAUCCGCGACAGCCAAUCGCAGAAGGGUUCCUUUGCUUGCUCUGUGGUUGUGGACGGAGACAUUAAGCACUGUGUGAUCUACAAGACAGUCACAGGAUAUGGAUUUGCAGAGCCCUACAACCUUUAUGGAACUCUGAAAGACCUGGUCCUCCACUACAAGCACACCUCCCUGGUCCAACACAAUGACUCCCUGAAUGUAACUCUGGCCAUCCCCGUGCUCAGUCAGAGAUGAGCAUCAUGCUGUAAGCUAACCGAAGCUAACCUAAGCGACAAGGAAAUAAGACACCAAACCGACCGUAUCAAUGAGCUUCUACAUUUGACACAAUAAAACAAGCAUGUGACUGUCUAAACUCUGGACUCCAGAGGCUGAAGUUAGAAAGGCAACUGGGGGGAGUGAGUGUGACAGUAAAGGUUUAGAGUGCUUUGAUGCUCAACCCUCUGCAUUCCGGUCUUAGUCCCCAUGAAUCAUAUCAACAAGGAUGUCUUUGCCAAAGCACCUAGCACGCAUUAUGUCAGAAGCAGCAAAUUGACCUUGUUCUGGAUUCUCCCAUCACAAGAACAGUUGAUCAUCUGACUGCAGCAGGAGGUAGUUCUUUUGUGAAACCCUUAGAAUGGAAUGGCUAGAAUCUUCAAAACCUGCCGCUUGGAGGAGAACCGUAGCCUGCCGGGCCUGAGUGAAGGUUGGAAAGGAUUGGGCUAGAGCUUAUCAUGCUGAAAAGCUGCUGUGGUUAUUGUUUUUCACUCUAUUUGCUGGGAUAGAGUCCUUUUCAGACUGGUUGUCAUGAGAGAAAAGGACAGUUGACUUCUUGUGACUCAAGUGUACGACUGACCAAGGAACACCUGGCAACUAAGCGGCUUGAGACACUAGGAAAGAACAACCAUCUGAAUUUUCUCACUCCUUUGAAUUCUACUAAUAUUUUAGCCACAGAUGUAGAACCUGCUGUUAUACAUAGUAUUUUUAUAUUUCUUCUUCCACAUUACUGUGCCUGUUCUCACAUGGAACGGUCGUCUGGUAGAAGGUAGAACAAAAAUCUUUUUUUUUGGAAACUUUUACCCUCAAUGUGACUUUGCAAACAGUGUCACCUAGAAAUCAUUUUCCUGUUUGCAGAAAUUCUUCUGAAACCAUUCAGUCUAUUUUAGUUUUCCUCUCAUCCUUUUUCUUAUUGUUCUUGACACAAGCUGAUGUACAGAGCUGUAGAGCGUAUUUGUUUAAAGAAGAUACUGUAGGCAGGUGUACCAAUGAAUCGGUUAUCGACAGCUAAUAGCUGUAUGGGAUUAUCCUGCAAGUUUCCUUUUCGUUUUGUUUUCAUUCUCCCUCUGAGAAUUCUGCUGGAGGAUGCGUGACAUCAAGCUAAUGCAAGCCAAAUGAAGGACGUCUUCAUGUAGCAAAAAGAACUGAUCCUUUAUGAUAAGCUUGAAUACAGUGGUAUAAGAUUUUUUUUAAGACUGCAUGGAUACUUUCCCUCAAAGAUAUUAUGUAAGCACUUCUUGCUACCAGUACUGUUAGUGUAUAUCUUGUAUAUGCACAUAAGUAAUAGUUAGAGCAGUAGAUGUAUUUACAAGGAGAAAAAAAAUCCAUGAGCUUCACUUUACGAUUGUUAUUUACGUGUUAGGUUCUCCUUAGGCAAAGUCCCUCAAGCUGCUGGUCAACAGCAGCAUUUCAGAUUGAAAUCCAAAAUCCAGCCAAUCAAGACUUAAAAUGGAGUACGUAUGGUGCUUUAAUUCUGUGGGUGCUUUUUGUUGGUGUUGUUUUUAGAUUGGAUUCAUGUAUUAAUGCACCAUGCCUUGUAGUUGAGUGUAGUGGUCAAAUGACCUCAGUCACUGAGCUACUAACAUCCUUGUCGAUGUUCAAGUGUUUGUCAUUCUCCAAAAAGCACAACCUAUGAAAUGGUAAGAGCAAAAGCUUAAAGAAAAUGCAUUAUUGGAGGAGAAAAGGUGCAUCUUUGUAAUACUUUGAGAAAAGGUGCGACUCUGGCCUUUACAGAACCCUUAACUUGUAUUUGAGCAUGAAACGGAGGCUGAGAGUGUUCAUGAAGCUAAUGAUUAUGGGGUUUAAGGCCCGUUUCAGGCUACCUGGGCUGCGUGUGACCGGAGGAUCGCGGUAGCUAUGACAGUGACCUGUAGCGUGUGCUCGGGCUUUGGUCUGAAUGCCCAGCAUGCAGUUGUUAGAAGUGCCUUCAGCCCUUUUUCUCUCAAUCUUCCAUCGUAAUUUUUUUGCGUUUUCCCUUCAUCAAUGGAAUGGUGCCACUGCGAUUGCCCUGUCCUGAUAUUGAUGCCAAGUGUCUUUUUUUUUUUUUGUGAAACAGAACUGACAGAUCGUUUCUUUGUAAUAAUUUACCUUCCUUGUGUUUGCCUUCACGCGUGUUAACUAUGGAAGGUGUUGUCACAUCUGAUUGUGAUUACUUUUUUUCUGUCUAUCACCAUGGAUUUACUAUUGAACUUUUUUUUUGGGGGGGAGGGGGGGGGGGUGUAGGUAAUUGGCUAGUUGUCAAUUGAAAGUAAUAAAGAAUCUUGGGAGUAGUAUUAGGGGAGGGGGUGAAAUAUGAAAACCCAGAACACAGGAGAAUGUAAAAUUAGAACCCAAAAUAUAUUUGACUCCAAUAAAGAGCAGCCUUUUAAUUAGUUUUCUGGGGCAUGCAUGCAUUAUUUCUGACAGUAUUGGAAACUCCUUGGAAACAUUAAUCCACCUAAUAAUCCACAUUUUAUUAGUAGUCUUUUGGACCUAAACUGCCACGCUUUGUGAAUGCACUAUAUUGUUUGAUAAGUGUUUCUUAAAGUCUCUAUAUCAUAUCAUAUAGUUUCAAUCAAUAUUACAUUAAUUUACAGUUAUACUCACUGAGCUUUGUAAGGCCUGGACAUGUAAUCUAUAAAUCAAUGCAAAUCAGCAGUGCUGGACUGAUUACUAUGCUGUGAUGGUUAUUAUGGGGAUUCCAUCUCGGUGUUCAUGACAUGUCUUAAUGAUUGGAAAACAACAGGAAAUAUGGAGUUUAUUUCAGUUUAAAAUGGGUAUUAAGGCCCAUAUUGGAAAACACAACGUUGGUUUUCCGUCAGCUGAUUUGCAUCUGUGUAAAAAAUGUUUGUAUCUAAUUGAUGAGAAAUUCUAGGAAACGGUAUUAACAAAUUAAGUGUUAACAAGUAAAGUGCGAAAGCGUCUAUUUUUGGGGAGGUCAGAAUGGGGAUAAAUGUUUAGCAUGGUUCGGUUUGAUUUGAUUGUGACCUUACAUCCUGGAAGUGUUCCAGAUUUCUUUCUUCAAUGUUUUGGUGCUAGGUGUUGGGACUGAUUUAAUUUGUCAGUACAUUGUGGUGCUGAAGCACAAAUUUUUGGCAUUGUUUUAAAAUUACCCAGCUGAAUGGGAUCAAAUGGGGGGGGGGGGGGGGGGGGGGUUGCAGGAGCAUUUUUGGCAGUAGCCAGAAUAACAGCUGGCUUUUUGUGUUAUCAUACAAGUCAGUAGCACACUCUAGACUUUUAUCUCAACAUAGCUUUCAAUGAAAUCCAGCUUGUGUGCUCAAGAGGGGCUCUUCAGACAGGAAAUCAAAAUUCCUAUUUUUUGAGAUCAUUUUGAGAACUGAGAAGCUAGCUUGCUUUCUUGCCAUGUGCGAUUGUAUCGAUUUUUAGAUUGGGGGGGGAGGGGGGGUGCUGGACAACAAAGUUGUUUUAAAAAGAAAAUUGCACUUGAUGUUUUGCAUGCAAUACAAAACUAACAAAAAAACUGUGCACACCAAGGCCAGAGGCCCUGUCUUUUGUAAUGAGUGGGGCUUAUGGAAGAACCGAAGAUAGUCCCUGCCCACUGUGCAUGCAGAAGCAGAUUAGACAAGCUGUGGAAGACAUGCUGUUUCACUUGAGAAACAGAUGGAUAAAUAAUAACCUGGAAGAAAAAGAAAAAAAAAACUGACAUGUCACUUUACCAUUUUCCAUAGCUUUAUUACGGCAGUGCGAGCGAGAGUGCGUGUGUGGGAGAGCGUGGAAAGCUGAGUUGAGGUGUUGCCAAUGGUUUUUAAAAAUAAUAAUAAUAAUAAUAAUAAUGAAUCUGCUGAAUGCACUACAAAGACACAUCUUCAGUGACCUGAAGGUUGGAGAGUGGUUUUUUCCUAAGAUUGGGCUUGAUUGUCUGAUCAAGCUCAGUAUUUUUGCUAUGUUUAGAUAAGGUACAGAUUUCAAAGAAAGCUAUAAAUCUGAAACACUCCUAAUGUAAAAAACAAAAAACAAAAACAGACCCUACAUAUAAAUACAAGUACGGCAUGAAUAAAGAAAAAAAAAUCAUUUUAUGGUGCCUGAUUAAGUCUGUUUGAAACUGGCUUUUUAAAAAAGCCGUUAAAUUUGUCUGUUUGUCUGUCCUUUUGUUUAUUUGUUCUGUUAAACAUGACAGAUUCUAUGAAAUAAGCUAGCUUGAACUUUGUUUUCCUCCAUUCAAUUAGAACACAUGUUUACGAUUUCUAAUUAACCAAAUAGAGAAAUUGUUUGAAAACCAAUCUGUCAGCUUCUUCAUUAGUUAACAUAGAGAAAAACUGCAGUAGUUUUUGUUUUUUGAUUUAAGUUCUUUUUUCCUCUUUUUAAACUUGAAGUUUUUAAGACCGCUCUGGUUUUAGUUUUUGUAUUUGUGAAACAGUGCUCCCUUGAUAAAAUCUAAUACAUGGUGUUUCCAGAACAGUCCUUUCUAUACAGCCAGACCUGCAGUGAGUCUGAGAAGGAAAAGAUCAGAACCUACUUUGUGCUAAAAAAAUUGCCCAGAAAAAAAAACUGAUUUAUGUUUUUUAUCUGUUAAAGAAGUGCAAUUUAAGAAGUCAGAAUUUCUGCUGCGUAUUCGGUACCUUUUCUGCCCUUGAAUUUGUGCUCUGCAGACCUCCUUUUUGAAGGCUCCAUACACUUUGGGUAGAUCUGAUUGCUAUGCUUCGGCUAAUAUAAAUGGCAAUGAACUAUAUAGCUGAAUGUGCCAAGUGACUUUCUGAUUUUGUCAUAAGAAUGUUAUGGUCCAUGCUAUCGCUUCUGAUGAAGCAGUUUUGCUGUUUAAAUUGAGAUCUUGUGAACAGAAAUAGUUUUUUUUAAUUUUUAUUUUAAUUAAUGAUCUUUUACUUCUCAGACUCUGAACCCAGAAUCUGUUGGGUCUGCUCAGUUUCCUUUCAGCUACGCACUUGUAUUUUCCUUUUGCUGUUUGCUUCAACUUGUGACAUAUUUCAGUGUUGAGUGUAAAAAUGCACAAUAAAACACCGUAUGAUUGACUCAUUUUCAGCCUAUUAUGAAAUUUUGCCUAAAAAUGUUUCAUCUAAACUGUUAACAUCCUAAAGGAUUUGGGCAGUUCUAAAACGAAUUACAAGCAGCAUCAGCCUUGGGAAAGAUACAAGUGUAUAAAGCAAGUCUGAUUUUGCCACUGCAGAACAAUGCUUUUUUUUUUUUUUUUUUUUUUUUUUUCUUUCUUUUUUUUUUUUUUUUACCCUGAUCAGUUAGUGGAAGUAGAUAAAAUUUUUUUUUUUUUUUUGAGGGGCUCCUGUUCACGAAAGUGCAAUUGAACACUUAAGAGAGGGAGCACUGUUAAACACCCAGUACAGAUCUACUGGUGUGAUGUGUGCACAAUCCUUAUGUACUUAAGAUGAUUAUUUUUAUUUUCAUUCUGUCUCCAGUCUGUCCUCGGAUGCAGCGUUUCUCAGUGUACAGCUUGCUCCAAUGUGUUUGUCUUGGACUGGUACUUAAAAGUUUUGUAUGGUACUUAAAAAAUAAAACAACAAAAAAAGGGAA